CGGUGCCGGGCUGCCAUGGAGAGCUCCCACCCACCCACCAGCAUCAACACGCAGCCCUACAGCAGGAAUGGGGCAGGUUCCCCCGCCACCGCCUUCGGCCCCACCAUCACCUCAUUUGUUCAGAUGGAGCCCGUCCCCAACCCCCAGGACUUUGUGCUCUGGUCCUUCUUCAACACCGUGUUCUUCAACGCCUUCUGCCUGGGCUUCAUCGCGCUCAUCUUCUCUGUCAAGGCCCGUGACUGCAAGGUGCUGGGGGACCUGGAGGGCGCCCGUCGACAUGGCACUCGUGCCAAGGUGUUGAACAUCAUCUGCUCCAUCCUGAUGGUCCUCACCGUGGUGACCCUCAUCAUCAUCCUCAUCAUCAUCUUCACUUCUGUCACCACCUGACCGCUGUGUGGCCGCUGACUUGUUGCUGCUACCCCGUGGGGUGCUUCUUCCUCCCCUCUCCUCUUCCUCCCAAAACGUCCCCGUUCUGGGUGUGUGGCUCAGGGGGGACGGAGCACAGCCCUGUCCCUUGGCUGCCGGCAGUCCUGGGUGUCCCAGCACAGCCACCGCGAGGAGGGCACGGGUGGGCCAUGCUGGGACGCGGGGGACAGCCCCCCUCUUUCCUCUGCUUGCAUGCCUUGGCAGGGAGCCGCUGGCUUCCAGGGAGCUGUGACACACAAAUAGGUCACUGCUGCUGCAAAUAAAGUUUUAUCUUGUCAAA